UCCUCAGUCGCACAGGUCGCAGAUCUCUAAGCGGCAGUCUUCUCCCGUCCAUCGACGUGGUUGUAUUAUUUGUGAUCGUGGUUAUUUAUUUAUUUUUUUUUUAAAUUUAAUAUCCCCCAUAUCUUCCUUAUUGCCACCUGUUUGUGUGUGUUGAGAGAGAGAGGCCGUCGGCACUUGUAGAAACAUCUCAAAAUCAACAACUCUUUUUGGAUACGCGGAUAUAUUUUUAUAUAUAUUUUAUACUCAUAUAUAUAGAAUUUUUCUUUGAAAAUUGCUUUUUAAAAAAGAGAAACAAUUUUCACGUGUUAAAAUCGUCGUUAAAGUGUUAAAUUUUUUUUUUGGGAUAAAAAAAAAAUUUUUUAUGUGAAUUUAAAUAUAAGGCAGCAGAAAGAAGAUUUAUAUAUAUAUAUAUAUAUAUAUAGUUUAAAAACUGAAGAAGAGAGAAAAAAAAAUCGAAUAAGUGUUGGAUCGUUAUCAUGUGGUAAAGGACUAAGUUUCCAAACGAUCUCAUUGACUGUCCCCAUAACGUGGAGAUCGUUUGAGUGCAUCAAAAAUUGUCGUUGAAUUAUUUCAACAUUAAAGAUGAAUCAACAGUGUAAAGUUUGUGGUGAACCGGCAGCAGGUUUUCAUUUUGGAGCAUUUACCUGUGAAGGUUGCAAGUCCUUCUUUGGUCGUACCUACAACAACUUGGGCAGCAUCUCAGAGUGCAAGAAUGGCGGAGUUUGCGUAAUCAACAAGAAAAAUCGUACGGCAUGUAAGGCGUGCCGACUGCGAAAGUGUCUAAUGGUGGGAAUGUCCAAGUCCGGCUCACGCUAUGGUAGACGAUCGAAUUGGUUUAAAAUUCACUGUCUACUACAGGAGCAAACAAAUGGUAAUCAAAACAUGGGAACACCCACUGGCUCACCAUUUGGACCGGGAUUUAUACCAGGAUUUCUCACAUCAACACCAACUCAAACGCAACCAAAUCUCAUGUACACUAAAGAAACUAAAGAUCGAACGUCACCAAGCCAAGAGGAUUUAGCAUUACAAUCACAUAUUCUUCAUGUGGCAAUGAUGAAACAGGAACGUGAAAGAAGUAAUAAAUCACCACAUCCCGACGAUAUUGCACUUCAAAAUCAUCUUAGGCUUCUUGCAUGGCAAAAGGAACGCGAGAGAAUUAAUCAACAUCCAGGUACACCACCAAGGGAUACAACGCCACCAUCUUCAUUUACUUAUAAACAUCCACAUUUAACAUCGCCAAUGUUUCCAGUGAAUUUCACACAAAAAGAAGUACCAUCGAGUCCACCUGAAGUAUUUCGACCAUUUUUACCAACUUAUAAACGUUCAGCUGAUACACCAAGUGAUAGUGGUGCAUCAUCAGUUGAUGGUGAACACGAUGAAUCAAGAUGUAAUUCAGCGUUGAGUUACUUUAAAGUAAGUGCCUCGCCAACAUUAUCGGAAAGAGAAUUCCCACCGAGAAAAAUUAAUGCCACUGUUACAUUAACAACUGGAUAUCCUCAUCAUAGUCUUGGUUUAGUGUAUCCACCGCCUGGACUUAUUACACCAGCAGCAUCACAACAUUCACCAAGAGGUGGUGAUUUACUUCUAGUGAGUCCAAGUCCCGGUGGUUUGGCAAUUGAACAAGACGAACCAAUUGAUCUUAGCAUUAGAUCGAGUAGAAAUUCACCCAGGCCGUGUUUCACAUCACACGAGAGUCAUGCAAAAAAUAUGGAUAGUAUGAAAAUUGAAAUCAAAGAUGAACCAAUGACAAAAAGUAAACCUUUGGAUCUUACACUUGGUGUUAAAAGGCCUGCUGAAUUACCACUCACACUUUAAAUAUAUAUACAUUUUGACGCGAAAGAAAAUGAAAUAUUUUGUAAAUUAAUCAAAUUUAUUUAAAUCAAUUAAAAUGGAUUUAAUUCUAAUAGGAAUUUUUGUCAAAAUUUUAUUGACGUGCGUCCAUCACAAAAAUGUGUUCAAAUUGUAAAUACAUAGUUAUGUCACUUCAGCGAAAUGAAAAAAUCGACUUAUUUAUUGUAAAGAUUAGUUAGCUAAGAGAAUCGAAAAAAAUAUGGAUUUUGUAUAUCCUUUUUUUGAUUUUUGUAUAAAAAAAAAAAAAAAGAAAAAAAAGUAGACUAUGAUGUGAGAAACAUCGGCCAGUAGAUAAAUAUCUUCUAUAUACAUAUGUAUAUAAAAAUAUAAUUAUAUGAUUCUAUUUAUAUGUGUGAAAGUGAUAAUUUGUUAAAGUUAGUUUGUAAGUUUCUUUUUUUUUUUUUUUUUUUUUUGAAAUCAAAAUGCGUGGAGUAAAAUUUUAUUCAGGAGAUCCCUCAACCGAUUCUAUUCACGGGCUCGUUAUUCGCGAAUACGAAUGGCCAGUAUAAUAAUGUGUGUGUAAGUGAUACUCAAUGUUUAAAAAGACAUUUGAGCCGAUGUAAUUCGUUUUGUAAAUACGCACGUAUAAUAGGGAUCGUCCGUAGAUCGAUGAGUUGCUUCUUGUUUUCCGCUUUGUGUAUUGGGUUUCCCAUAUAAAGGGAGCUCAGGCUACUCUUGUUUCUCAUCUGAUUUAUGGCAAAUGUUUUAUUAUUCUUUUUUUUUUUUUUUUUUU